UGUGAUUCCUUCCUCGUGGGUGGUGGCGUGUUCGAAGUGCGAGAGUUCUUACGUCGCGCACCAACGAAAAUAAAUGCCCAUCUGUUCAAAUAUUGUGCAAGUUUUUUGUCAUGUCCCCCAGAAAAUGUUUUGAAACCGUGUGCCACCGUGCCGCCAGCUAACUUAGUGUUUUUGUUAAUUUUGUGUUGUGUUUUGAGUUGGUGUAUUUUUUUUUUGUUUUAACAUCCGUGUCUUGUGAAUGGAUCUGUUAUAACCCGAUUAUGAAGGCGUGCGCUUCGCAAUAGAUCACAUUAAAAAUGGUGGAAUGAUGCGGAAGCGAUGCUGCUGCAGCAGGCAUCAUCCUUGCCUGGACCCAGCGGCACGGCCAGUCCCAAACCGAACAGGCCGGGCGCAAGCCCCAACUUUUCAAGAAUAAAUAGCCCCCUAACUCACGAUGCGAAACUCAAUAGCCCCAAGCUGGGAAACAAUAGCCCUGUUCUGGGCAACCAUACCCCCAUCCUGGGCAACAAUAGCCCCAUCGCGAAUAGCCCGAACCUGGGCGCCAGCCCCAAGUUUGGGAGUCCGAAAUUGGGCGGGAGUCCGAAAUGCGAGAGGGCUGAAAACGAUGAAGCGUUGGACAAGCUUCAAGGAGAGCUGAAGGAAGGCUGGACGGUGCACACGGGGAGGGAUGGAAGACUCUAUUAUUGCAAGUAAGGAUUAGCUAAUAGAAAAAUAUCCUUUUUUUUCAGGCACAAAGAUUUUCAGUUUGAUAAACUACGAUUCGGGCGAGUGACUCAUGUCCCAUGAUCCAUAUCCCAUGUCUCGUAUUCCAUUGCCCAUAUUCCAUAUCCAUUUGUUUCACUUCACAAUUUGAGAAGAAGCGGUAGAUAUCCAAGGGUAUACUAGGUUUAUGGUUUAGACUAUUUAUAUGCAGAUAAAUUAGAGCUUGGAGAGUCUUCGCUUUAGAUUUAUCUCUGUAGAUUAUAUACAAAUCUAAAUGAUAUUAUAUUACCAUAGUUAUGACAAAGGCAUUGAUCACAGCUCGCUUCUAUGUUUAGGGUUGCCACAAUCAAGAAUUUGAGACAAUUUAUAUGCAGUUUAACCAUAA